GCUACGAUCCACAUCACGGAGUUGGGGUCCGGAUUCUUUGCUGCUGCUGCUGCUGCUGUAGUCAACGCGGACGAUCCAGCAAGGGAAUCACAAAGGCCGCUGAUCUCUUGAAAAUGUUCACCGAACCCAACGAGUUAUUUGCGCUUCUGGAACAGGGUGGUGUCGGUAAAUCGACGACAUUGCAGAUCUUUCACAGAGUGACGAAUCCGACCUCUGAAAACGCCUUCCUGUUCAAUCAAUCCAUCCUCACGGGCAUGUCCGAGAUCAGCGCCUCCAUGGAUCUCUGGAAGGACCGGAACACGAUGGCAGGUCAACUCUCUGGAGGCAUGAAACGCCGUCUCUCGAUUAUUGUCUCGACCAUCGGUGAUCCAGACGUCUUGAUCCUGGACGAGCCCACCACAGGCAUGAAUCCUGCCCAUCGCCGAUACGUAUGGGCCUCCUUGGCCCAGUUCAAGCACGGCCGAUCCAUAUUGUUGACGGCCUACUCCAUGGAGGAGGCCGAUGCAUUGAGUGAUAAGGGUGCGAUCUUGAUCGCUGGUCAUCUCAAGGCCAUCGGCAACACUACACGACUCAAGAACGAGUUUAGAAACGGAUACCGUGUUGAGAUU